UUUUUAUUCUAAAAAAAGAUGAGUAAUUAUUUAUGGAAAAGAAAAAAAUUUGAGUCAGAGCCACAAUUAUCAGAAAGAGAUGCAAGAGUUUUAGACACAUAUACACGUAGAAUGAAAAGAUUUGAUGAAAUGGUUAAAAUAUGCUGUUGUUGGAUCGGAUAUGAUGUAUUAUUAGAUUUUAUUCCUGUAGUUGGUAAAGUAAUAUCAUUAUCAUAUGCUUUAUCAUUAUAUCGAUUAGCGUGUCAAUGUGAUUUGCCAAGAACAAUUAAGCGUAGAAUGCUAUAUCAUCUUGGCUUGAUUCCUAUUUUAGGUAUCUUUUUAGAUAUGAUGUAUAGAGCUCAUAGCAAAAAUGCCCGUAUCUUGAGAAGAUACUUAUAUGAAAGAGCUAGAUUAAACAAAAAUGAAGCAGAAAAAGAAGCCUUAAAGAUUGGAAGCAAAGAUGAUAAGCAGCACCUUCAUUUAUCACUGCCUACAACUGUAUUGAUGGAACAGGAUGAAAAAAAUGAGAUAAAUAAAACUAUAUAAUAUAUUUAUUUAUUUAUUUUUUAAUCUAUUCAAGUUGCUGUAUAUUCAAUAUUGAUAGUGAUUUUCAUUAUUG